AUGCCGACACAGACCAUGGAGGGCGACAAGCCCAUGACCUACUGGCAGCACGGCUGGGAGAAGUGCAAGGCCAACCCCGCCGUGCCCAUCGGCUGCGCUGCUACCACCGUCGCUCUCCUCGGCGCGAGUGCGUCCCUUAGGUCCGGAAACAGGAAGCAGUUCCAGAACUUCCUCCGUCUCCGUGUUGCCUUUAAAGCCGAGCACCCUCGAGCCCGACGGUCAGCCUCCACCCGACUAUUUGGAAUCGCACCCACCUUCCUCGCCGCAACACAGCAUGGAGUAGCGCUGACAGAUAGAACGCAGGGUUUGACCGUUAUCGCGAUGGUCGCCGGAGCGUACAUGCUCACGAAUAAGGCGGUCGAGGUUGAGGAGAAGCGUCACCGCGCUCUGACCGGCGGUGCUCCUCACCCCGAGAAGCCGACGUACGAGAAGGUGUACCUCGAGCCGUCGACCGACCACCUGUACCCGCCCCGCGACAAGGUGCGCGUGUCCGACUUCACGAAGCGUCUGCGCGACGCCGAGGAGCAGCAGCGUAUCGACGACGGCAAGGCCGGCCAGAACAGCCAGCUCAUCGACAGCGCCAAGAACAUCAACAACUAA